CUCAGCUUAGAGAAAAUGGCGAAAAAAAAUCUCCUUGUUUUGAUAUGUGUUUUACUGUUUGACACCUGGUUUUCGUCUGAAGCCUCUGUGUUUCUACCGAGACAGCUUGCGGGCUCUGUGCUGAAGAGACAGAAACGCUAUAACACAGGUGGAUUUGAAGAGAUGAUGAAGGAUAACCUGGAGAGGGAAUGUUAUGAAGAACGCUGUAGUCUAGAGGAAGCCAGAGAGGUCUUUGAGGACCAGGAGCAAACUAGGAAAUUCUGGAUCACCUAUAUGGAUGGAGACCAGUGUCAGUCAUCACCCUGUCAGAAUGGUGGGAAAUGUGAGGAUGGCAUGAAUACUUACACCUGCUGGUGUCCAGCUCGCUUUAUUGGGAAGAACUGUGAGUUAGAAAUAGCGAAACAGUGUAAUGUAAAUAAUGGAGGGUGCAUGCAUUUCUGCAUUGUGGAUAAAGUCUAUGGAGCAGUGUGUGACUGUGCUGAUGGUUACAGACUGGCCCCGGACAGCAGGACCUGUGAACCUACAGUUCCGUACCCAUGUGGAUGUCUUGGAAGGAGAAUUGCUGAAUCUCUCAACACACGGUCCAUUAUCGACACUGAGCAUGGAAAUCAAAUUCACUCAGUCAAUUAUGUCAAUACAACCGCGUUUAACAAAACAGAGACCAGUCCUACAGAUACCCCCGCAGUCUACAACACAACCACUCCCAUCUACAAUACAACGUCUCCUCAUGCUACUCUAGAAAACAUCCCCUCCUGGGCCCUUUCUCCCAAUUUACCCACUAUCACAAAUAAACCGAAUGAGGAGCAUCGCAUUGUUGGAGGCCUGGAUUCAAAACCAGGAGAGAUUCCUUGGCAGGUUGUUUUUAUGCAAAAGGUGAGCAAAACUCCUUUUUGUGGUGGAUCUCUCCUGAGCGAAGUGUGGAUCAUUACAGCUGCCCACUGUGUCGAAGGAAAGAUCGGAUUGUUCUUCAUCAGAACAGGGGAACAUGAUAUCACAAAAAAGGAGGGAAGAGAGAGCGAUCAUAACAUAGCGGAGUGUCACAUUCAUCCACGUUACAACUCUCAACGGAGUCUUUACAAUCACGACAUCGCUCUGCUGAAGCUCAAGAUGCCCGUUAGAUUCUCAGACUAUGCCUUGCCCAUCUGUCUGGGCUCUAAAGACUUCACCGAGAACCUCCUCAUGAGCGCACAAAAUUCCUUGGUGAGCGGCUGGGGGAGGCUGAAAUACGGAGGCAUCGAAUCCAACACCCUUCAGAAGGUGGAGGUUCCCUAUGUGGACAGGACAGAGUGCAAAGGAAGCAGCGCCGACACCAUCUCCCGCUUCAUGUUCUGUGCCGGGUACAAUACGAUAAGCAAGGAUUCCUGUCAAGGAGACAGCGGUGGGCCCCAUGCCACCCACUAUCAGAACACGUGGUUCCUUACGGGCAUCAUUAGCUGGGGUGAAGAGUGUGCCAAAAAAGGAAAAUACGGCAUCUAUACUCGCAUAUCAAGAUACAUGUACUGGAUAACCAACAUUACUGGGAUCAGAACAGGACAUAUGCCCAAUGAUAAACAGAGCUUGCCCCAUAUGUUAAAAUGA